AUGGGUUGGAGCUUUAAAAAUGUUGCUGGGUUUGGGCUCGCAGGAGGCGGCGCGCGGAGGGCGAGGGCGCUUUUGCUGAGCUGUGCAGUUCGGUCCGCGGCGCCCGGCGGCCCUGCCCGCUCUCCGCCCGUCCGCCCGCGGUCGCUAGUGCUGCCGCCGCCGCCGCCGCCGCCGCUCCAUGGCCGCGCCCGCCCCGCGCCCCCUUGCCGCCCGCCCGCCCGCGUCCCCGGCGAGAGCUGGAGUGGGGUCGGGCCCGUGUGCCUGCCUCCCGCGCCCUCUCCCGAGUCCCAGAGUCUUGGUGAAAGGAAGGGGGAGGGCGCGGGCGGGGAAGGGGGGGAGGAUCGGAGCGGCCGCGCGGCAGAGGCGAGCGGGGACCGCCACCCCGCCGGCCGCCUCGGAGGGGGCGCCGGCGCCCACGCGGCUGGCCCCGCGGGCCCGGGGCCGCUUCUCGGGCGGGAGCCGGUGGAGAGCGACGAGCGGCCGCUCCCCUCACCUCCCCACCCCCGGGGAAUCUCGGUCAAUUGGAGGGAGCGGGGUCUAGCCGUGAAGGAGGAGGGAAACAGUUGGUGGCGGCCGAUCGGGAGCCCCUCGCCGCCCCCCGCGCCCCUAGCGCUCCCCAGCGCCCUCGCGGCCCAGUGGCUUCUGCGCGUCGGAGUCAGCGGCGGAGACUGAGCGGCCGUGGGGAGCGCCUCCGGCUGGGCGCGGGCUGCCGGGCUCAACACCGCCACUGUCUGACACAACAGGGGCAGUGUCGCGGGAGCCGCGCGUCCAGGCGCCGACGUGGUAGGCUCUCUCAACUGGGCGCAGCGUGGUUGCUUUCUUUCUUUUAAGCGGGUCAUGAGGCUUCCUUUCCAGGGUUGGUUUUACUUUAUUUGUGUAUUGUGUUUUAGUAAGCUACUUGUAGGCAUCGGGUCCUCGUGUCAUUUUUUCUCGUUAUCCACCACAGUUAGACUCUUGCAGGGAAGGGCACGGAUGGCAACCUCGCAGCUCCCUCCCUGAUCCGGGUGGUGGGGAUGUCUUUGGUGCUUGGCAAAACGUGGCGGUUACUUUUAGUCUCUGGGCAUUUCUGUUGGGGUUACAGAAGGGGCGCUUUUCGGGCCAAGGGAAGAAUGGAGAAGCUUAGGGACGCUGUGCGCUCCAUCAGCUGACUGAGGAAGACUCACAGAGACCUGCAAAGGGCUAUGCUUCCAGAUCUCCAGGUAGAGGUCACUCCGAACGCAGGCAGCUGAGUUUGACCAUGCCUUUCUCUGUGAGAGUUGGGUGAAACUGAGAAAUGUUUGGGUGGUGAGUGGGGGGCGGCCCCCUAGCAACCACAUCAGCCACUGCCAACCCCGCUUGGCUACAGGGUUGAAUUCUGUCGGACGACCUCUUUUUUUCUCUUUUUUACCGGAAUGCUCUGGAGCAAGGGAGAAAAAGUGGCUGGACCCCCGCCCCCCCCCCGCCGCACCUCCCUCUCACGCACACACUCACACACUGGUCCACGCCCCCGGGUGUCAGUCAGGGUUUUGCACAACAAUUUAUCCCCUUCUAACUCAAAUUAUCCUCUUUGUUGGGAAGAAUGUUCUGACUGGCCACAAACUUUGCCUCCCUUACUCAUCACUGCAAGACCUCCAAUGGAGCAAGAUUUCCUCUGUUCUGCGCUGUGUUGAAGCAUAACUAUUAAUGAGAAAAUAAUGCUUCAUUGGAAAAAAUUCAACAAGACAUAGGAGCUGAUGAUGAAAGAAGAGCUGAAGGCACACAAUACUAUGCCAAAAUGACCUCGAUGUGUCUCAUCUAACCUGUUUUAUCAAGGAUGCACGCGUUGACAAGGAUGCCCUGUGACUUGCAUGGACAGUGUCAAUAAAUGUGGCUGAGAAUAGACAUCACUUCCGAUAUCAUGAAAUAGCUGCCUUGCUGCCAACUGAAUGAUUACUCUGUGUUCCAGGCCUCCAUGUGCCUAAUCUUUUGUUAUGCCAACCACUCCCUUACCCAGGGCCAUUUGCUGAAGACAGUGCAAGGAUCUGCAGUAUUAUCAUACUCCACCGGUCUUGAGGACUCAACAUAUGGUUCAAAGUACCACAAGAAGACAUGUCAUUUUGACAUCUCUGAAGGUAGUUAGAACAAAAUGAGGCAAACCAUCCAUUCCACUUUGGUGACAAGUUGAGAUCAUGUACUACAAUCAAAGGCUCCAAGACAUUCUCCUUCCUUUCUCAAGUUCAAAUACAAUGUAUUUUUUAUUUUAUUAUUUUGACAGGUAGAGUUAUAGACAGUGAGAGAGAGAGAGACAGAGAGAAAGGUCUUCCUUCCAUUGGUGCACUCCCCAAAUGGCCGCUACAGCUGGCAUUGCAUCGGCCUGAAGCCAGGAGCCAGGUGCUUCUUCCUAGUCUCCAAUGUGGGUGCAAGGGCCCAAGCACUUGGGCCAUCCUCCACUGCCUUCCUGGGCCAUGGCAGAAAGCUGGACUGGAAGAAGAGCAACCAGGACUAGAACUUGAUGCCCAUGUGGAUACUGGCAUCACAGGCAGAGGAUUAACCAAGUGAGCCAUGGAGCCAGCCCCUCAAAUACAUUAUUGAUUCUCACCUUUUUGGAAAACAAUGUAGCAUUACCUAAUGUAGUAUUCUCAAGAAUGAUUAUAAAACAAAAUUUCCUGAGCAAAUUAAUUAUGUCUGGAAUCCAUCAUGAUUUGAUUAGAUUUGAGUAGACCCAGUAUCACUACCAUUUUCAUAAAUGUUCUCAAUGCUUCUGCAUAUGCAACAAGCACUGAGAAUCACUGAUCCAUUGGAAAGGGUAUGCAUCCACAAUGCUCUCUUAGUAUAGAUAUUAUUUUUUUAUGGUUUUUUUAACUUUUAUUUAAUGAAUAUAGAUUUCCAAAGUACAGCUUAUGGACUACAUUGGCUCCCCCCCCACCCAUGACUUCCCUCCCACCCGCAACCCUCCCCUUUCCCGCUCUCUCUCCCCUUCCAUUCAUAUCACGAUUCAUUUUCAAUUUUCUAUAUAUACAGAAAAUCAGUUUAGUACUUAGUAUAGAUAUUAUUAAUAGAAGGUGUACCUAACCAAAGGAGGUGACAGCCACAUGAGCUGUGUAGUGAUUGGGUCAUAGUUGGAGGCUGGAGGCAGUUCAGUUCUGGAAAUGUAGAAAUUGAGAGUAUGCUACAUAAUGCAAUGAAAAGAACACAGACCAGGCCGGUGCCACGGCUCACUAGGCUAAUCCUCUGCCUUCCGGCGCCAGCACACUGUGUUCUAGUCCCGGUCGGGGCGCUGGAUUCUGUCCCGGUUGCCCCUCUUCCAGGCCAGCUCUCUGCUGUGGCCAGGGAGUGCAGUGGAGGAUGGCUCAAGUGCUUGGGCCCUGCACCCGCAUGGGAGACCAGGAGAAGUACCUGGCUCCUGCCUUCGGAUCAGCGUGGUGCGCCGGCCGCAGAGCGCCAGCCGUGGCGGCCAUUGGAGGGUGAACCAACGACAAAGGAAGACCUUUCUCUCUGUCUCUCUCUCUCUCACUGUCCACUCUGCCUGUCAAAAAGACAAAAAAAAAAAAAAAAAAAGGACCACAGACCAGAACAUUAAGGAGAUUUAGCUUCAAGUUUAUUUGGCAAGUCCCCUCAUCUCUUCAUCUCUCUGCCCAAUUAAUUUCAUUUCUGAAGACAGAGGGGUACUGUAAAGUUCUUUGAGGUCCAGGCUGGCAUUUGCUCUGUCUUAGGUUCAAGGACACAACAGAAAUCUAGCAGGGUGGUGAAACCAUUUGGGGACCAGUCAGAGUGGGAUGUGAAAGCUGUCCUUAAAUGUAAGACCAGCAUCAGAGAAAAUACUGAUUCAUUUGCUUAACUCUGCUCUGGAGGGGAACCACAAACCCCAAUCAGCUGAGGUUAUGGAGAAACAGAUCUCAACUCAAUGUAAUGAAACUGCUGAUUGGACAGCAGAUGAAAACAAAUCUUCUUAAAGAGUAAUGGACUCUCUUCUCUUAAGUAUUUCAGGGAAGAUUAGGUACCUUUAUUUUUCUAUUUCCCUCAACCCACAGGCUAUGAACUCUUUGAAGUCAAGGGAUUUGGACUGUACUUCUGUAUCUUCACUUGGUAACAUUGUACCUGGAGCUCAGUAAGAGUUGGUGAAAUGUUAAAAAUAUUUAACACAUGAUAUGACAUGGAACCCAUCCAUCAGAAUACUGCUGACACAUAGCCCUGCUCAGCCAGGUGCUAUCUCAUUAGUUUUUAGAUCUUGGAGUUUCAAGAAGGACAGAGUGACAUACUGAGGGACCUGGAGGUGAGUGUGGAGCAGUAGUUAUUUUAAAAUUCUAAUUUUAAACACCAUCAUGCCUAUCAGUGUGUAUUGGAUGAACAUCAGUCCUGCAUCAUGGAUGAAUUAACGAAUCAAUCAAUCAAUCAAGGAUGCUGUAUAGAAAUAAAACAUGACAGAUUGGAUUCUAGUCUUGCUGUGCCAUUAACUGGCUGGGUGGAGCUGAGUAGACAACUUCAGUCCUCUCUACCUCAGUUUCUUCCUCUAUAAAUAGAACCAUCAUCUUACCCUAAGCCUAAGAUAUCAGUCAUCAUGAAGCUCACAGGAAAUAUCACAUGUAAAAUUAUAUUACAAAGUCAAAUAAGUCUGUUCAAAUACUUGUUUUGAUUAUUAAAAUAUGAUGUGAACAGUUAAGUGACUCCCUCCAAAUGCAGCCUAAUUCAACUGCCUCUCAGGUAAACAUAGUAUCUUUCUCCCUCUAGGUAGUGAGAAAGUAAUUUCCACUCCUGAUUUCUCCCACCCAGCCCCACAUUGGAAGGGGCUCCUCUUUCCACUUCCUUCUUUCAAUGUUACUUUGGUUGCUUAGCAACAAGAAGAAAAUGUAAUUGUCCCAAGAAGAGAACUCCAGGUCUGAGAACAACUGGAUUAUAGUUUUGGAAACUUUGUCUUCCUGACUGCAAGGAAUUCACUAAAGGAAGAUUUCUUGGCACAUGGUUCCUUGUGAGGAUCCUCUGAGAGAGUGGCUUUCACUAUCUGAAGGCAACAAGGGGAGGAGGGAAGGAGGGAAGGAGCAUUCUUCUGGGUUUUUAUUUCCUGGCUCCUUAGCAGAUUUGUUGUCACUGUGACUUCAGAGCGCCCCACAUCUGCAGCAGGGCUUGAGAUGUUCCCAAUUCCUCACUGAGCCUUAUGUUAUAUCAUGCUACAGGCAUAAGAGCUAAAAGGAGAUCUCAGAGAAUACCACAGGAAGAUGAGACUUUUCAUUUUCCCUAAAAAUGUGUGGGCCACAACAGACACAUUGAUACACAGGAAGGUGUUGCAAGGAUGACUUAAUCAAAUUUAGGUGGAGUUCUUAAAAGGAUACAGGCAACCUUGAGGAAGGCUGGUACAGCAAAUACAGCCAGGCCUCUUGGAAAUUGGGAAGUUGCCAGCUCCUCUUUCUUACCCUGCUGUGUCACAUUGAUCCCUGCCUGAGCUUCUUUGAACCUCUCUCUGUGUCCUUUCAGAGACAACAUUUACUUUUGAUCUCUUUUUGUGACCAUCUUGUUUUUGCUUCUUUAUAAUGUUGGCUUAUGUGGGUCUGUAGUUUCUCUCAUCUCCUGUGACAACUCUCAACUGUUUUGGCCAUCAUUUCUGUUAACUGGCUUCCUCAUAGAAAGGGAUCUGAUUGCCUCCCAGUGAUCCAAGGUGCAGUCCAUGACCAAGGCCAAUAGACGAUGUGCCCAUGGUCCAUCAGACAAGCCCUUCAGCAGGACCACAAGGAAUGUCCCUACAACGGGGCAUGGACAAGAUUGGCACUCCUGUUGUGUUUAAAGUGAAGAGAAAAGCCCACUGGAAAAUUAAACUAUUUGCAACACCAGGGUCAUCUUGUACAAUGAGAAGAUCUUGGAUUUAAAGUUAGAAAGGUUGGGCUUGACCCACUCUGAGGAAAACUGCUUAAGCUACCUCUGAAUUUUACUUUCUUCAUCUGAAAAAUGGGCCUGAUAGUGGCACCAACUCUUUAGGGCUUUAGUGAGAAUUAAAUGCAGUUAUAUGAGAUAAUGUAUAGAAAGAGCCUGGAUGGUUAAGAUUUGCUAGGUGCUAGGAGAGGGUAUGAGAUUAAUAGUAUAUAUUUAUCACUAGACUUUUAUUGAGAACCCACUAUAUUUGGCAUUAACUUGGUCCUAUGGAUAGGCAAACUAUUAAGACAUGUUCUUUACCUUGCAAACUUCCAGUCUGGUAAAAGAGGUUCAUGCAAUGUACAAACCAGGAAUGUCUUUCUAUCUACUUUAUUCCUACUGGUUGAACCUGAGAGAAAGUCUAGCUUAUUAACAUUUUUCUCAAGGCCAGCUCUUGCUGUUAAUAGCAGGAUAGUCCUCUGUUGCAGCUCUUUCCUGCCGUCAUGCAGCUUGCCAUCCAUUUUAGCACAUGACUUUACAUAUGAACCAUAAGAAAAGCCCAAGAGAGAGGAUACCUGCUACUGAUAAAUAUAAAAACACAGAAAAGAUUCCCUUAUAGAAGAGUGUCUAUCCACUUGCUGUUAUGAAGCUAAGGGCAGAAAAAAAGAGAGAUUCAAAUAAGACAUAAUUAAGACAAAAGCCUUUAUGGACUUUUUUAUGCUCUGAAAAAAAUAAAAUAGUACAUAGAGAUGAAAUUGAGUAGUUCAAUUUAAAUAACCCAGUUUUGCCACAGAAUGUUUUAUAAGCAUGUGGAAUUGUCAACCUAUUAUUGCUAGUUUGAGUUGGCUUUUGGUUUGAUUAACUUCAUGUGAGCAUGAAAUACUUAGGCAGGGGGAGGACAGCUUCUAGAAUGGUAUAAGAAUGGCCAUGAGUAAACAUCAAUUUGAGCCCUGCUUUCUGGACAAUGGGUUUAUUCCAAGCUCUGAGGUUAGAAUCUAGAAUCAUUCUUUGACUCUUGGUGGUUGAGCUAUUCAAGUCUGUGGAUGUAUCGAAUAUGGUAUUGUAGAUCCCAAUAUUAAAUACAUCUUAAACAAUGUCAUUUGAUUCAACCCCAGUUCCAAAUAACUCAGCAGCUGGGGAAAGCAAGAAAAAUUGCUCAGAGUGACACAGCUAGGAAUUAUGAGAACAAAGAUUUGAAACCUAAUAAUCUAACUCCAGAGCCCACCCUCUUAUUCAUUGCACCAUCCGGCUACCGAUUGCAGUAUUGCCUGGCCAGGAAGCAGCAGACACCUGGGUACUUCUUACAGCACCUCUUUAGAAAGUAUUGAAUGAGCAUGCUGAUUUCAGUUUUCUAAGCUAAAUGAAUCACAGUAGCAUUGAAGCUUCAAAUUGUAGAUCUGGCAGGUUAGUUAGUGGUCAUUUGGAUCAAACAGUUUACUUCAGAAAUGAGAGAAAACUGAGAAUCAGAAAGAUAAACACAAGGGUAACAUGGCCUGAUUUAGAAACCAAUACAUUGCACUGUAGUUCCAGAGCUCUCCCCAUGACAGCCAGGUGUCAAGACUUGGCUAUACCCUCUGUAGAUGAAUCCAGACUAGGAAAAAAGAAACUAGGAGUUUCAGCAAAUGGAAAUCUCAAUGAGACUGCAAAACAAAGAUAUCUGGACAUGUUCUCUUUGAGAAAAUAACUUGGCAUACUCUUUUGUGAUUAUCCAUUUUCAAAUAAAAUUGUGGUCCAAAGGAAAGAAAGUAGGGUUGAAAGCUCCACAUUUAGGCAAAUAUUAUCUUAGCAAUUGCUCAAAUUUUUAUUUUAUAAAAUUGAUAAUAAUAAAGUGUUUUGGAGAAAAGGGUAAAUGGAAAAAUAUUUUGAGAGGUUAAGCAUAAGCCAUAUAUAUAAAGCUAUAUAUGAAGUAUUUCUGAAAAUAGAACACUUUUGUAAACCAAAAUUGAUUUUUAUAAUGUCAUAUAUUCAUAGGGAAAGAUGUUGAAUCUGUCCACCAAUUUAUCCAUUCACUCACCCACUCAUCCAUCAAUAUUAAACGACAACAAUAUCUAGCCAGGGUAAUACUUUCAAAGCAAAUAAGAGCAUGUAAUAUUUGGUUUCUAGUCUUCAGAAAAGUUGAUUGAAGAAGACUAUGAGUUCAGUUGAGUAUACUAGCAUGCCACUUUUCUUAUUCAGAUCCUCAGUUAAUUUUAUCAAGAUCAUCUACUUCUGCACAUCUCCAACAGUUUCCUAAAUGAGCAAGUUCUCUCAAAGACAAUAUUAUAGAAGCACGCAAUGUUGUGGAAGUCCAUGUUACUGUCUGUAAUUAGUCUCUAUUGUCCAUUGUUUGAAAUUAGAAAAAUCUGAAGUGUACAAAGAAUGUCCAUUCAGGCCCUGUGUGAAAAUUUUUGAACAAUUAAAUUGUGUAUGUGUAUAUUUCCAUCCUUGUCCUCAAUUUCUCAAUAGACAAUUUCAUUUCUGUGAAAAAUGAGAUAAUAUGAAUAAAGGACUGACCUGUGUCUGACACAGGAAGGUGAGUAGGAAAGUGGGAGUGACUUCCACAUCACCUAGAUUAUUUUUCUUUAUUCUACUACAGCUUCUUCAAGUCACUCAAAAUUAUUUUUAUGAUCAUCUAUUAACCUCUAGAAAUUAUUACUAUCUAUGUUUAUUAUUUUGGCCACUGGAGCAAUCUGAGUACAGCUAUGGUAGUCAUACAUAAUGCAAGUAUCUCUAACCAGUAUGCUAAUUUUUAGAGAACAAAGGAAAAAUUAAAUAAAAAAAUUAAAGUCUUGCUUAAACUUAAUGCACAAGAUAAAAUGUUGGCUUGUUUAUAUAUGUUUUUCUUUAAAUAAGGGUAUCCCUUUAUGAAGUUAGUGGCUAAGUCUUUUGUCUAGUGUGAAACACAAGAUUGAUAAAGAACAAUUAUAUUUCUUAUCUCAGGAUUCAUAAAUUAUUAUUUAUGCCAGGGCAAGUGUGAAGAGGGCCAGACUUAGUGUUGGGUCUAUUAAGAAGGUGUGGCGGACUUUGGAGGAAGAACUUACUGAAAGCAGUAGAUUAAUCAGAUAAGCAGAAUAAGCUCUGGAUGAUAUCAAUGUCACCACUGAGAUAAAGGGUCAAAGAUAAAGUUGUAGUUGUGCCAAUACACAGGCAGAACACUGGGCUGGUGAAUUGAUGGGAGGCAAAACAAUGCAGCUAACAUUUGGGAGAUCUACUCAUGGUCCUGAGAGAAGGAAAAGAUUAUAAAAGUAAAGCUGAAGCCUAGCUAUGGCAAAGGGGAUACAAGACAAGUCAGAUCAUUGGAAAUAGUGGCCUUCAUAGAGAUUAAAACAAAAGUGGAGAUGUGUGAACUCACUGUUGGGUGCUGAUGUUCAAGAAGGUAUCUCUGAUUCUGAAACUCAAGUGGAGAGACCCUGAAACUUUAGUGGAGAGAUCCUGAUGGUGAGUAUGGGGCCACUGUAGGAAGUGAGUGUGUUCAAUGUUCAGUAUAGGAAUAAGGCUCUCCUGGCAAAAAGUCAAAUAUUCAAAAACCACGUUAUAUUAAGCUGUUCCAACGCUGCUUGUGACGUGAUCAGAUUCUAAGUAUUGUCCCAUUUUUUCAACGGGAAAAAAAGGAGAAUUAAGACUACUUAAAGGGCAGAGACGGGGCUGGUGUUGUGGCACAGCAGGUUAACACUCUGGCCUGAAGCGCUGGCAUCUCAUAUGGGUGCCACUUCAAGACCUGGCUGCUCCACUUCCGAUCCAGCUCUCUGCUAUGGCCUGAAAAAGCAGUAGAAGGUGGUCCAAGUCCUUGGACCCCUGCACCAGCACGGGAGACCUGGAGGAAGCUCCUGGCUCCUGCCUCCUAGUUUCGAAUCAGCACAGCUCCUGUUGUUGCGGCCAACUGGGGAGUGACCAAUCGGAUGGAAUACUUCUCUUUCUCUCUCUACCUCUCCUCUCUCUGUGUAACUCUAACUUUCAAAUAAAUAAAAUAAAUCUUAGAAAAAAAGGGCAGAAUGAGAGUAUUUCAGGCAUGGAAAGCCAAGACACUCUGGGGGAAAAAAAAAAAAAAAACUAAAUGAAAGAUCUCCGUGAGUGAGAUCCCAGUGGAAAGAAUGGGUCAUCAAAGAAGGAGGUACCUUUCUCUGAAGGGAGGAGAGAACUUCCACUUUGACCAUGGCCUUGUCUAAAAAUGAUCAGAGUCAGUGAACUCAGGGGCCUUCCAUAGCCUUGGCAGCUCAUGACAAGAGCCUAGGGUGAUUACUGAUGCCAUAAACAAGAGUGUCAAUUUGUUAAGUCAACAACAGGAGUCACUGUGCACUUACUCCUCAUGUAGGAUCUUUGUCCUUAGUGUGCUGUACAUUGAGAUUUAAUGCUAUAACUAGUACUCAAACAGUAUUUUUCACUUUAUGUUUCUGUGUGGCAGCAAACUGUUGAAAUCUUUACUUAAUGUAAGCUAAAUUGAUCUUCUGUAUAUA